AUGAAAUCAUGGAUAUCAAUAAUAUGCCUCUGCUGUGUAAAAGCGCCAAGUGCUUAUUCUGCAGCUCUUCCAACUCAAGAUGAACGAGUGAUAUUUCGUGACGACCACCCUUCUAAAGUUACAAUUCCUAAUGACUCCAAUGGAAUGGAUCACGAACCUAUACAAAUAACAGAAAUGCGAGUGCACUCAGAAAUCGCCCUGCGUUACGCUCGCACGUCUGUGAUCACUCACGUCUACAACGCUGACAGCCGGCCUCAACAGGCCACCUUCCGCAUGCUGCUGCCCGACACCGCUUUCAUCAGUAACUUCACUAUGUUUUUAAAUGGAAUAGCUUACAAAGCAAAUAUUAAAGAAAAAAAAGAAGCUUCACAAAUUUACAGCAAUGCAGUAUCGCAGGGAAUUAGUGCAGCUCACAUUUCUGCCAAAGCUCGCGACUCGAACCAUUUCACGGUAUCGGUCAACGUAGAAGGCAACUCUACAGCCAUCUUCGAUUUGAGAUACGAAGACUUCCUUGUCCGUCGCAACGGAUUGUACAAUCAUGCAAUAAACUUGCACCCCGGCGCUACCGUGCCAAAAAUGGAAAUAGUUGUACAUAUCAAGGAAUCACAAAAGAUAACUAAACUUUUUGUUCCCGAAGUUCGAACUGGUAAUGAAAUUGAUGCGACAGAGAACGAUGCGCAAAAUUUAAAAGCAGGUAUUCAAUAUGGUAUCACCAAACAUGAAGUAAUGGUAAAUUUUACUCCCGAUCUAAUAGAACAAGGAAGACUUGCAGAAAUAUAUGAGCAAAAAUUAAAAGAACGAAAUUCAUUCGAAUACCACAUUGGUUAUGAUCAUAAAAAAGAGAACGACCAUGAUGAUAUAGUUCUCGGUCAGUUUGUAAUACAAUAUGAUGUAGAACAAUCUAAUAAAGGUGAAAUAUUGGUACAUGAUUUAAAGGAGGCUGAAGAAGUACUGUCAAUGUGGAACAUGCCUUCCACCAAACUAGUACCACCAGCUCGUGCUACGCCAGAAAACAUUGCUAAAGCGAAAGUCAUUGUAUCUGAACUUGAAGUUUCUGGAGCUACCAACAUCUUCAACGCACUGGAAAUUGCUUUAAACCUUGUAAAGCAAGAGAUACAUCACGAGAAUAAAACUGCAUUGGACAGUGAAAUUGUUGAUAGUAAUAUUACUACUAACUCAAUGGAAGGAGAAACAAUAAGUUCGAAACAGCUGGAGCCUAUCAUCAUCUUUUUGACGGACGGGAACGUCAACAAAGGAGAGACUAGCACUGCCAGAAUCACUACAUCGAUUACUAAGAAGAAUUCAGGACAUAAACGAGCCUCCUUGUACACUCUCGCUUUUGGUGAGCAUGCAAACCGCAUUUUCCUCCGCGAACUCUCUCUCCGGAACAACGGCUUCAUGCGACACAUCUACGUGGCGGCGGAUGCUGCGCUCCAGUUGUACGACUUCUACCGCCAGGUGUCGUCACCGCUGCUCUCUCAUGUCCAGUUCCUGUACCCUCGUCAGCAGAUUAAAGAAGGUUCCGUAAGUCGCAGUAAUUUCCACGCUAUUAACGCGGGCUCGGAGGUGGCGGUCGUGGGGCAGAUCGCUGAAGACGUCAGCGAAAUAGACCCUGUGGUCUUGGGUCUUUAUGGUAGUGAUGGUGGUGUUAGUAGAAAACAUUUCAAAUCGACGCCAAAAGUAACCGUGAACCGAACGAAGAAUGAACACUUGCCUCUAGAGCGUCUGUGGGCGUACCUCACCAUCAAGCAGCUACUGGACAACCGUGAGGACAAUGAAGCUGAAAAGAAGGCUCUAGAUAUAGCACUUAAGUAUACGUUUGUAACACCUCUUACGUCGCUGGUAGUUACUGCGCCGACCGAGUACAACUAUAUGGAUAAACCUCCAUCAAUUGUACCAGCGAUACAACCAAGUUAUGCUCAUCCCUGGAACGAUGUAGGACCAGCAGUUACAGAUUUAGAUGCAAAAACUGUUGAACCCCUUGGCUCCACCGUCACCACCACUACUACUACAACCACUACAACACCAGCUCCAACUACAGUUUCAAGCAGAAACUAUCACCUGGAAGGCUUUGAGUGGACGUCGUCCCUACUCAACGCCAGCGCUGACGCUCUUACUGUGCGAGGAGCAAACAGUGAACAAGUUUUCCUGAAGCUCACCACGGAUAUCGACACCAUAUCAAUGUGUCGCGGGAAAAGCCAUGCCAGUACUUCCUAG